UGCCAUCUGACGCAUGUUACGAGUACGAGUACGACACAGGCAACUGAAUCGAGUUAGUCCGAGAGACGGCCGUCUAUGUAGUGCAGUGAUUGUUGUUACCUACGCAAACUUUUUGAUAAACCACUGAUAUUUUAAAAAUUGAUAUUAUGUUAUUUAUUUAGACUUUUAGUUACAUCUUCAAGAUGCUUGCAAACGAUUACACAUUAGAACUAAGCAACAUAUUCCACACUGGUCAGGUUGAGCCAGGCUCCUGCUUCCAGAGAUUAUGUGGCAGUGUCCAGACAGGACUCAUUUUGAAGGACAUCUCCCUGGAAGUGAGAGCUGGAGAGGUACUUGCAGUCCUUGGUUCAAAAGGGAGUGGCAAGAGAGCAUUGUUGGAGGUUAUAUCCCGCCGCAGCCGUGGGCCCACACGGGGCCAGAUUCUGUUAGAUGGAGCCCCGAUGACUCUGAGCCUCUACCAGCGAUGUUGUGGCUACGUCAGCCAUCGUACUGACUUACUACCGAGCCUCUCCGUGGAACAAACCCUCCACUAUAGUGCUAACCUCUCCAUCGGAUCACAGGUAUCUGGAUAUGUGCGCAGUUCCCGAGUGCGGCAGGUGUUGGCAGACCUGGCCCUGAGUCAGGUGGUGGCACGACGCAGUGUUGCCAACCUUACGGUCAGUGAACACCGCAGGCUUGUUGUAGGCAUGCAGCUCAUCAAAGAUCCAGUGUUGCUGCUUCUCGAUGAACCCACUGCAGACUUGGACCCCCUGGCUACGUACCUGGUAGUGUCAAUGUUAUCAUCACAUGCACGCCGGCGUGGACGUAUUGUCAUCCUCACAAUGGAGAAACCUCGCUCAGAUGUAUUCCCAUUCCUGGACCGAGCAGCGUACCUCUGUCUCGGAGACUUGGUGUACGCAGGACCCACCCGACUGAUGCUUGAGUACUUCCGCACGAUUGGCUUCCCUUGUCCACAGUUGGAGAAUCCCCUCAUGUAUUACCUAUGCCUCUCGACAGUGGACCGACGGUCACGAGAGCGUUUCAUAGAGUCCAACACGCAGAUCAUCGCACUUGUGGAGAAGUUUAAGCUGGAGGGGGCUCCGUAUCGUAAGUCCUCUGCAGGGGGAGCCAGCCAUGUGGUGGUGGGGGGUGGGGGGGACUCAGGGGCAGGACACAAACUGCCGUUCUCCUCCCUCGGCAAGCCCUCAGGACUGCAGGUUGGCUUCACCCUAUACCAGAGAUAUGCUUGCAUCUGUGUUCAACGCCUCCUCUGUGGCUGCCACUCAUCUGCUACUGAGGCUGCUGCUGCUCCCUUGUUGCUAUGGCCUACUGUGGCUAUUCUACAAGAACAUUAA